UGCGCUGACUCCGCCCACUCACAGAUGGCGGCUUCUUAGAGUGAGGGAGAAAUUUAGUUUAUUUGAUACAGAUGUCAUUCAGACGCACGUUUGGGAAAUAACUGUCACUGAAACGAGAAUGUAGUGAAGGUUUAAUCUGAAGGAAAAACAGCUGACUUUUUGUUCUGGGGGAUUUUGCUUAUAUUCUUUUCUUCCACAAGAUGAAUUAGAAGACUUCUGAGGACACCAACUUUGCUUUCUUCAAAUUUAAAAUGCAAAGUAAUCUCAGGCAGCACAUCACCUCUAUGGUGAAAGACAUAAUUCCACUUGGUGGUCCGCCAUGUCACAGAGCCAAGGAUAGAGGAAGAGCUCACCCAGUGCCACAAUGCUUAUCUCAGGAGACAAAUAAAAAGCAUGCACAUACUCUGAAACCUUUAUACCCACUCUUACGAUGCACACCUCCUCACCAAACUUCUGUGCUGGAAAGGAGGAAUAGAUCUGCUAUAGCUGUUCCUUCAAGCUCCAAAAAGAUCUUUGCAGGAGGCCAGGAGAGUCUCUCCAAUUACAACGUACCAAUGGGAAAAGUACAAUUAAACAACAACCACCACUUAAAUAAUGAUGGAUCAUGCCAGUCUGCUGGUAAAAAAGAUGCUCCUUUACAAAGGCAGGGUUCAUAUGACGAACAGAAAGAAUUUGCCUUUGCUUUCUGUAAGCAGCUGAAUGAGAAUUUGAAGGUUGUAAGGCCUGCGCAGCACAUAGAAAAUACUCGGCAUAAAAUGCCUUCUGUGCAUCCUGCUCUCAUUUCCUCAUCUAUGUCUGAGUGCCAAAAAGCACCUGCUCUAACAAACUUUCAGAAAAGACAGAGUCUUGACAGUAGUGUGACUCAGCAAAGCCAGCAGCCUGUUGAAAAGAUGGACAAACCGAACGAUUGGGAUCGUAGCUCAUCUUCAUUUAGCCAGGGAGAACACGUGCAUCACCAGGCAACUACACCAGGUACACCAGUAGGUGGCAGAUCUCUAUCCUUGAAGAGACGAAGAGAACCCAGUGCAGAAAGAUAUGGGGAGGGCAAGAGAUUGUGUCUGGAAGACGUUGGACUUACCCCAUCUUCUACUAGUGGCAGUUCUUUCCAUGUCAGCUCACCACCAAAGUUUAUCAAACGUGCCUUUUUGAAGACAUUUAAUGAGCCUGUGCUGACUCUAAAUGAGAAACGCUCCCCAACAUUAAAUAAUUGUACUGAAGACAGGACAAAGGCUUCAAACAAUGUAGCCAAACAGCUUUUUCAAGAACCAGGGACAGAAAGUCAUAAACUCCAGACAGCAACUUUGAGCACUAUGGUCCAUGGAACAGGUCAACAAAAAGAAGACAUGAGAAGGUCUACUGAAAAUAAAUGUGUUAAAGGUAACACAGCCACUGCUGACCCUUGCCCCACACUUUCCAGCAAACUUAACCAGAAACAAGGAGAAUUUGUUUCCCCUGUCUGCUCACACACAAGUUGUUUGCCUGGCCUAACGGAUAAGUUUGAGAUCAGCUGUCCUCUCCAGCAACCAAAAGUUACUUCAUCCAGCUCUCUGGACAUCACAGAGUUGCACAAUUCAAAGACCACUACCAAAGCCAGGAAGGAUGUAGACGAAAAGAGAGACCUGGUGUGGAAGGAUCCUCUAGAUUUGGAGUUGGGAGAGGAUGUGUUGGAGAGCUGUGUUCUCAGCCUCAGCAGCAGCCAGAGUAGUGAGGAGGAUCAUCUGCCGUCUUUUCAGGAGAUCCUGGAGUGCAGCACCCAUGUGCCCAUCACUCCAGAGAAGGCAACAUUCUCUGAGCCCAGCACUCCAGGCCUUAAAGUUGCUCCAGAGGAUCUUAAAACUAAGGCUACAAGGUACAAGAACACACUGGAGCAAAUGCUGAAGGAGAAAGAGCAGAAUCGAAAAUCUAAGGAGCUUGAAACGCAGAUGCUUCAAGCUUGUAAAGAAGACCUGUUAAAACUGGACGAAGAGGAUGAAAAUGCAGAAGAAGGACUUUCACAUGAGCAAAGGGAAUUCUUACAGAGAUUCUCAGUAACCUCAUGUGUAAUAAGAGACAUCCACCCUGGAGAGGAAGUGUUCACUCUUACCAACUCUGGCCGACUCUUCAACCAUCAGAGUCUGGACUUGAGGAAGAUGGAUGUUACCCCGAACAACAGGGCACAGCAGACUCUGCUACAAGCAAAUUCAGAACAGCUUCUGACACUGUUGAGUGCAGGCUUGUUUAGAAGAGCUUACUUGUCUUCCCCCUGCCAGCCUCAGGUCACCCGCUGGCUUUUUCAGAUGAUGUCAGUCCACCCAAGCCCCAUCGUCUGUGCACAGAUUCUUCAGGCCAUGAUGACUAUUGCCAUAUCUGCUGCUCAACAUAUAGUGGAGAAAAGCAGUAGGAAGUUUGAGGUGUGGGUGCCCAGUAUACAGGAUCUUGCCCUAGUCUUCCUUAACAUGGGUGUGUCAUUUGUCAAUUUGUUUCCAUUGGAGGCUCUACAACCCCCUUUCACCGAGGGAGACCUGCUAGAAAGUUUGGAAAUCCAGCCCGAUGGUACAAGAAGUGAGAAAGGUGGUGAUACAUUUCCAGAGCACAAUUUUGAGAACAUUAUUAAGUACCUGGCACUAUGUUCAGCACUGUGUCCAAGGGUUUACAGUGAUGAAGAGCUGCUAUUGAUGUUGACCGUGGUGUGUAGAGUCAGUCUGGAGACACGUUUACAGCUGCUGCCGACUGGAGACCUCAGCUGCCUGCUACAGCACCUCCUCAACAACAUGACAGACUGGGAAAUGCAGUUGUCUCAGGUUUGCCAGGCCAUUACCAAUCUGAGUGAGGAUCACCACAACCUCAGACGGCUGGUACAGCUUCUACCUCACAGUGGCCGCGGAAAGCAAUUGAGGAGACACGUGAGCGUAUCGAUCAUCUCGAAACUGUUAAACCACAGAUGCACUUAUACACCCUCAUGCACAGAAUUUCAGCUGUCUGAGCUGAGAUAUUACCUACCUCGAAUGCGUCCCUCCUUGCUGUUAAAGGGCUUAAUGGCUGCAAAGACCACAGAGCCACAGGAGACUGAUGACUGUGCCACCACUCCAGACCAACAGGCUUAUUACCUCUGCUAUAGCCUUUUGGCUUUGACAAACGAAGCCUCCAAUUUUGAGUUUUUACCCUCAAACCAGAGAAACGAGCUGCUACUACUGUCUGCUGAAUUGGAGAAACAUGUUAAGUGUGACAUCAGGGAGAGUGAGAAAAUGCUUUACAGGAGUAAGGUGAAAGACUUUGUUGCUAGAAUAUACACAAAAUGGCAGGUGCUUCUCCAAAGAUCAAGACCCCAAGAGGGAAAGCUGUAUGAUUACUGGAAACCUCUUCCUGAGGAUGAAAUGCCCAAGAAAGAGAACCAAUCCUCUGAGCUGGAAGACAUAGAGGAGUCACUGAGUGAGGAGUCUGACAUUGUCCAGUCAGAUGAGGAAGAGUGCAUGGAGGAGAAAGAUGAAGUAUCAGUGGAGAGUGAGGAAAAGCUAGAGGACAGUGUAGAAACGAUUCAAGAGAAGAUUGAAGAGUUACAGGAGGUUUCUGUUGACCUAAAAGAGAAACAAAGCUUAAUAAACCAGGAUGAUGAAGAUGCAGAGGAGACGAACGAUGAUAUGGCAAUAGAUGAAGAACUACUAGGAGGAAGUUCUGAUGGGUCAGUAGAGAGUGAUGAUGAUGAUGAAGACCUCAUUAAAAGAGAAGAAGAGCUUCUUAAAGAUGAUGAGUUUAUAGAUAGAAAUGGAGAUCUUGUGGGGGAAGAAAAUGAUGAGCGUGAGAAAAUAUAGCUUUCAGGGAAGAUAUGUUCAAGAAACCAAAUAAGUUACUCUUAGUUGAAUUGAGUCAUUUAUUGACAGAGAGGUUGCCUCUCUUUCCUGUAUCACCUAAACAUAACUAAUGUUAUAUGAAAGCGCAGCAUAACACAAAUAUAGAAGGAAGCCUCACACAGAGUUGAAGCUAUGCUGUCCUAAGAAUUUGUGAAUGAGUGAAGAGCAGGUUUCCCCAUUUCACUCUUUAGGGAGUUUUAGGCUGUCCACAUAUUUCCUCCUUGUAUUUCUCAGUACAACUGUACCAGGCGCUUACUUGCUUGGUUCAAAUCACUGUGCUAUAGUGUGAAAGAACAAUUAUUUUCUAGCAGAUUUUUAUAUUAAGUAAUAAGUAUGAUGCACUGUACUGCCUUAACAACCCUGUAGAGGGGGCUUUUUCCUUAUUCAGUCAUUGGCACAGGGUUUUUCAUCUUUAAGCUGCUGAUACCUUGGUGACUUUUAUUUAUGUUUUGCUUUUUUACAUUUUGCUGAGGUAUCUGACGUAGGGGGAAAAUAAUAAUAAAGAGCAAAAUUAAUUCACCUUAAUUUGUUUCUGUGGCUGGUUUACAGCCACAGAAAAUAGAUACACAGUUGAGGACAUAUGUGAAGAUAAAUUUUAAAGCACUUUUUAACAUAAUGUUAAAAAUAUUUUUUAAUGGUUAAAUAAUUGGCCCAAUAAAUCUGUUUACAUUUAUUGCAGUAUGCAAAGGAAGGUAUAACUGCUGGCUGAAUAAUAUAUAAUUGAUGAGGCUAAUAUUGGAUGGUAGAUACAACUAGAGAAGUCAUUUUUAUAUUGAUAAAUUGUACAUUUAUUAAAGUUAUUUUGUAUUAUAAAUUUCUUUGAAGUUCCCACUUAAAAUCAGUAGUGCAAUGCUUUACUUUGAUGCCGCUUCGGUUGGAUGAAACCGUGGCCUCUUGAUUCAGUGACUUUCUUGGGGAAAUCUUGCAUAAAUACAUCUGCAAUCUUCAGCUUUAACUAUAACUAUGAUGUAUAUAAAAUGUGGCAUAGAAAAUACCAGAUCAAAUAUGUUUUGCUAUGUGUGUAUGUAAUAUAUCAAUACUAUUGCACUGGCUGUGACUGAAUGUGUACUAAUGGCAUGAUCUUUAAACAGGUGCUUCACUGUUUUACUUUCGUUGUCCAGAGGUGUUUGUUAUAUUCAAAUUUUUGUCAUGGGAAUAUUAUACAUAUCAUUUGUAAAAUAAAAAUAAUUACAUUUUUGUAUUAAUGCAUGUGUUUUUCUCUAAGUAUAAAAACAAUAAGCUGAAUAUUUGUGCAUUACUCAGCACAAUAUAGCUUCUAUGGGCUUCUUUUUUGCUUUCAUGACUAAUGUUUUUUGGUGUAUAUACUCGCCAUCCACUUUAUUAGGAACAUCUGUACACCUGCACAUUCAUGCAGUUAUCUAAUCAGCCAAUCAUGAGGCAGCAGCACAAUGCCAAAAAAAAACAAAACAUGCAGAUACAGGUCAAGAGCUUCAGUUAAUGUUCACAUCAGACAUCAGCAAUGAAGGAAAAAGUGUGAUCUUGGUGAAUUUGAUCGUGAUAUAGUUGUUGGUACCAGAUGGGCUGGUUUGAGUAUUUCAGAAACUGCUGAUCUCCUGGGAUUUUCACACUCAACAGUCUCUAGAGUUUACACAUAACGGUUCAAAAAACAUUGAGUGAGCAACAGUUCUGUGGGUGGAAACGCCUUGCUGAUAAGAAAGAUCAGAGGAAAAUGACCAGAUUGGUUCAAGCUGCCAGGAAGGAUAUAGUGACUCAUAUAAUCACACUUUACAACCGUAGUGAGCAGAAAAGCAUCUCGGCAUGCACGUAACAUCAAACCAUGAGGUGGAUGGGUUACGACAGCAGAAGACCACAUCAGGUUCCACUCCUGUCAGCCAAGAGCAAGAACCAGAGGCUCACUAAAACUGGACAGUUGAAGAUUAGGAGAGAAAAAAAUAAUCUUUCAACUGUCCAGUUUGGGUGACUCUGUGCCCAUGAUAGCCUCAGAUUCUUGUUCUUGGUUGACAGGAGUGGAACCCGAUGUGGUCGUCUGCUCAAGGUCUGAAGUAUUAUGUGUUCUGAGAUGCUUUUCUGCUCACCACAGUUGUAAAGAGUGCUUAUUUGAGUUCCUAUAAAUUUCCUGUCAGUUUAAACCAGUCUGGUCAUUCUCCUAUGAUCUUGGUCAUCAACAAGGUGUUUCAGCCUGCAGACCUUCCACACACAGCAUGUUUUUUUUUUUUCAUUUCUUUUUCGCACCACUCUGUGUAAACUCUAGAGAGUAGUGUGUGUGAAAAUCCCAGGAGAUUCUGAAAUACUCAAACCAGCCCAUCUUGCACCAACAACCACGAUUAAAUCCACAGAAAUUACCCCCCGUGCUACAGCUGUUCCUUAUAAAGUGGACGGUGAGUCUAUAUUUAUUGCAAUGUGGUUGUGUUAUAUUGUAUGAAUGUUAAAGUUAAAAUAAAAAGGGUACAUCUUUUGUACCAUUAGUAAGUAUCUUCUACAGAAAGAUGCACGUAGUGUUCUUUUUAAAGUUUCUUGUGCACCUCGGAUCAUUUUAAAGGUACACUAUAUCCGUUUCCAGGUGAAAAAUCAUAUCAAAGAUUAGGGUGUCACCCCAGCGGCAAGGAAAAGUGACGUUUAGGAUUUUUUUUUUUCCUUCAGUGUGUUCUGUGAGACUAGGUUGUAUUAGGUUUCUGUUAUUCUUAUAUCAUUUUCUUCUCUGUGAAAGGUUCCGCCUCGUACCUGUAGGGAAGUUACUCCAACAAGGGUUAGCACUGAGCUACACUACACUACUAUAUGUCCCUCUCGUGCGUUUGAUUUGAGAAUCUUUUCCUUUCUCAUGUCAGUGUUUUUUUUUUUUUUUAAAAAUUUAUUUAUUUUCUUUACCUCCAUAACUUUGCUUCGAGUCUGUAUUCACGGGAGGCUUUUGAACGAGCACCUGCUUGCUUUAUUUAUUUAUUUAACCGGUUGCGAAAGUGGCGGUUGUGUAGGAGGGCGUGGCUUAAUUACUCACCUGAGUGGCUAACCGUCCACGCCUGAAGCGAAACCGCUCCUAGUGCUAGGAUCUACUCUGUGUAUACUGUAUCGCAUAUGAAAUAAUGGCCACACUAGAUAGCGCACUUUGCGUCCAAUAGGAAGGCGUUUGGGUUUGAGCCUGACUUUCACGCUAGUAACGCAGUGAGUGAGUGAGAGAGAGAGAGAGAAAUAGAGAGACACAGACAGGAGAAAAUCUUCAGUUUGAGACGCGUCGCCGUUUGAGUCUCUGUUCAAAUCUCAGGAGCUUUAUUUUAGUGUGGACUUUCUGCUGUAGAAUUCAAGCGUGAAAACAUUUCUGAACCACAGCAAGGUCAAGUGUCCAGAAGGAUGAUGACGUAGUUUGGAUUGCUGGGACCUUGUUGUGGAGACAAGACACAAGAUCACUGAGUGUGAAAGUGUGGAUUUGAGGCACUCCCCUCUUUCCUGGGCCGAAACGAGUGGCAAUGAG